AGUGGGUGCCAGAAAUCACUCACCAUUGUCCAAAGACUCCAUUCUUGCUGGUUGGUACACAAGUUGAUUUAAGGGACGAUGCUGCAACUAUAGAAAAGUUAUCUAAAAAUAAACAAAAAGCAAUUACUCAAGAUAUGGGUGAUAAACUUGCAAGGGAAUUAAAAGCUGUAAAAUAUGUUGAAUGUUCAGCUCUGACUCAGAAAGGAUUAAAGAAUGUAUUUGAUGAAGCCAUAUUAGCUGCUUUGGAACCUCCUGAACCGAAGCGUCGUCGACGUUGUCAAGUCUUGUGAUACUAUAACAAUUUGUUUUUUUUUUCUUAUGUUAUUCAUUAUGACACCACACCACAUUAUAAUUGUUAUUUUCAAGUGAGUAAAUAUAUUUCAUUGCAAUAAUUCCGUAUUUGAGAAAAAGCCAGUUCACUUUGUUACGUUA